UGAAAGGGCGCAAAUGGACUGGUAAUGUUCAUCGUGGGUCUUUGGUCCGACUUUUCUCUCUUGAUUUAUCGUUGUUGGAAUGAGUUGUUUUAGACACAUUCCACCGUAACUGACCAUCGACGAGAUGUUUAGACUAUUUUUUCCUAAGGCUUAUUUCUUACUUCUUUCUCUGGUUCAGAAUUUUCUCGUUUUCACCGCCUUCCUACCGUCAAGCGAGGGCCAUUCACAGGGUCUCCAGGAAGUUGUAUUCCCGCCGCAGUUUCUUCCUUCUAAGGAUCCAAGCAUUUUAACAGGACAUUUAAAAAUGUUUGGACUGCAGAGGCCACCAAAUGGUCCUGUAGUUGAAUACAACUCAGUUCUAAAACCUCAAGAGUUUUGGGAUAAACAUGUGAGCAUGUUCAAAACCACUUGUAUUCCGUCAGGCUAUCGCGAACUCCCCAGCGCGACUUAAGUGGAGCGACCAGUAUUUAAAGGAAAAAUAUGGCGACUUAGAUGUGUUGACAGAGCUGAAAACAGAAAACAGAACACAUGGGGUAACGUCAAGGAUGUUAUUGGGUGAUUUUAUUGAUGUCUAUGGAAAGGAAAAUCUGUAUGUAGUGACAGUUUUGCCUGACCCGAUGAGGAAAGAUCUUCCAGUAAGUAGAUGUUUCAUGUUCGCAAAAUAUUCAUAUGUGAAUGUUUCUCUGACGCUAAAAUUGCCUCGUUCAUUGAUUAAGUUUAAAAUUUAUCGGUUUUUUUUAUCACAGUUAUAAAGUCGUAAAAAGUUCAAAUGGUUCGAGGAUUGAAUUUUAACAUUCAUUGUUCACAUCAAUGUAUUGUUAUUUAAAUGAACAAUUGAGGUACCCUCCUCACCUGUUUUUACUCGAGUAUAAAUUUGCAAUUUACGCUUCGGGAAGAACUUUCAGUCCUAAUGGAAUGGAAAAGAUUGGUCACAUUCCUCAUGUUUAGAUCGUUAGGGACGGACAAUGAGGCAUAUUUCCCCUUGGAAGAGAUUCGUAGAGAGUUUACAGGUGAAUUUAGAACUCAUAUUUCAAACUAAUACUUUGGAGAAUGUCCAUGGCUUGUCAUAGAUGAUGAUGCUUUCCGAAUCAAACUAUGAAUUCUACAGCAUUAUCUUACCAUGCUUCCAUAUCAGGGUCUGAUAAAUAAGAGAAAAAAAAUUGAAUACUUCAAGUUAAGUUGUAAUCUUCAAUUCUGUCUUUGAAAUAAUUUUGGUUUCAAACAAGUAGUGUGAAUAACCACAUGUCUGAUGGCGAAAGGAGGGGUAGAGGGGCAGACCCUCCUUUGUAUCUGCCAGUCCUAUUUAGGAUGAUAUUCUGCAAUCAUCAUUUCUGACAGUCUUAGCAAUUAGAUAUAAACUCAAAAUGGGGUUUCAUUCUUUGCAUUUCUUAUUUUACAAAUCUUUUUUGAUACAACUUCAUUAAACUUUUACCUAGGACAGAGAACACAGUAUCACAACUUUUAUUUACAUUUUUUACUUUGUUUGGCCAAUGAUCUUUUUGAAAACAGAUUUCCUCAAAAUGAAUGAUUUGUAUGCAUGUCCAUUUACAAUUUACUGUUAUCAAGAUUCUCCUUGAACAUUUUCUCAUUCUUUGCUCUGUAGUUGCUCCCCUGUCUAAUGUGUGGCACAUUCAAAGACUUUUUACAUGAACUUAACUUUUGGAUGAGCUCUGGAGGAACACGAUCUGUGAUUCAUUUUGAUGCAGACCAUAACAUUCACUGCCUUGUUGCAGGCCGCAAAGACUUUGUGAUGAUUCACCCAGACUUCGCACCUGUUCUGAAUGUCACCAAGGUGAGUCUGAAGUAUGAGUGGUAUGUACCCUUAAAGUAUGGGUUUUAGGAACUUGAGUUCGUAACAGGCCAGGGGACUCCAAGGUGUGAUCAGUUUAUUUGUCAUAGGGAGCAUGGAAUAGUUUUGGAAAAGUCACCCAGGUAUUUUAAGUGACAUGCACAUGGCAGCCAUACAGUGAGCUGUAUAAGUGCUCCAGUACUCAGCAUUUUAUAGUCUAAAGUGAACACAAAAUAAACAUUUGUGAAGAAUAUGAUUAUACAGAAUAUGUACACCUGUAGAAUACUGUUUUGUUUCAUUUUGUUUCCUGAUGAGCAUUCUUAUCAUGUUGCCAAGAAGCGACUUUAAAAGAAGUGGGGCUUGGAGCUUUGGGGUGUUCAAUUUCAAUUUUUUAGCAUCUUCAGAAUGGUGUCUUACUGGACUGUGAGCCUUUAACAGGGUGUGAUCAUCAGAAGUGUGCAGUGUUAAAAUACAGGAUUUGAAUAUUUUCUUUACAUAUUUAAUACCACUAUGCUAGUUACAUGAUAAAUCGUAAUACUUGUUGAAUGACAAAUCUUACUCAUUUCUUGAACAGGUCAGUAAAAUGAACUGACUUUAUCUUAGACAGGAUCAGAGCCUUAAGGCCCCAGUGGAACUACCCCACCCAAAUUACCCUUGAGUGGUCCCCCUUCCUUGCAGCUCUAAUUUCUGUGAUGUCUAUAAUUGACAGUCUCACCAGUACUAGACCAUGUUCUUUGGACUGUUCCAAAGGGGUGAGAUCUCAAUAUAUUUGUUUUUCAGCCCCCACAGUUUGGUUCAGGUUACUCCAGCAUUGAUCCUGAUAUGGUUGACCUGAAUCUGUAUCCAGAUGCUUCCAAAGUGGAGUGGACAUACAGUACUCUUGGACCAGGUGACUGUAUCUUCAUCCCUUCAGGUAAGCACCCUCUCAUAAUGUUUCUCUCAACCUCAAGUUAUUUCACUAUGCUCUUCAAUAACACAAUGAAUUUUAUGUUUACACUAAAAAUUGGAACCUUAGUUUUAUGCUUCUGUUUAAAUGAACAUCUGAAUCUCGUAAAACAGCUUUUUAACCAUGCAUUUAGUUUGCGUUCUGUUGAAAAGAAUAAUAACCACCAGAGAUGGUUUCAAACCUUCCCACUUGAUCUCUUAAACAAGUGAUAGCCUGUGUAGAAGGCACUCGGUGAGUAACCAUAAAAAAAGAAAGCAAUGUUGGAGAAAGCUCUCAGUCUUUAGUUUUCAUGAUAUUCCUAGUGUCUGUACAUCUUAUCAAACCACUUACCCUUUCAAGAUAACAUUGCUGAGCAUAUUUAAUUGAAGGUUUUUAUUUAAAAAAGUUUACAAAGCCAAUUUAACUAAUUGAUUCAAUUAACAAUUCUACCAACAGGUUACAUACACCAAGUGCGCUCAUACAAAGGCAAUCGCACCAUCUCUGCAACAAUGCUCUUUACUGUGUCUCUUGAUAACACAUUCAACAAUUCCAGCUGUGAGAAUGAGACAUAUGAGUACCGACCACUCAGUGAAGCUAAAGUGCACUGGACUUACAAUAAAGGAGACAAGACUAUCGACAUGGGUUAUCAGAAUGUGGAGAAAUUCAGACAAUACUUCUUGUCUUCAUUUGACAGCCUUCAGGUGAGGGCUCUUCUGGGGGGUCAAGUAGAAUUAUUAAAAUGAAUAAAAUGAAGGUUAGAAACAAACCCCCUCACCUUCAUUACUAAAGAAUUCUCCAACUGAGAACCACUGAUGAAACGGCUGAAUUGAGAUACACCGGGUAGAAUUAGAAUGUUAUUUCUGCUGUUUUUGCAAGGGAGAGGGGAGGGGGUUAAGAAGACCUCAACCCUUUACACCCUAACAUCAGUAUGCAUAUUCUCCAUACAAUUGUUGGCCUACAUAAGUGAGCUGAUGGCCCACAAAAGUGAGCUGAUUUCUGUUAGAGACACCAGAAGAUAUGAUUUAUGUUCCAAUGACAGCUUACUCCUUGCUCCUUGCAGGGGUAAAACACCCACUCACUCUUGGCAAGUGAUCUUUCCAUGCAGCCGCCACUAAAUUUUGGAACAAUCUUCCGGGCUCUAUCAGAAACACCCAAUCUUUAAACAAGUUGAAGAAGGUCACUAAGACUUUUAUUUGCAAAAGCUUUUUAAUUCUUUGUAUCUAAUCUUAUAUUUUUACUUCUUAGUGAACAUUUUUUAUUUUUUUUUAAUUAAAAAAAUUUUUUUUUUUUUUAGUUUUUAGUAUCUAUGUAGGGUCGAAUUUUUAACAUUUAAUUGUAAUGCGCAAUUGAAAAUUCUUAUAUUGGUAAUUGCACAAUAUAAGUCUAUAAAUUAUUAAAUUAUUAUUAUUAUUAAAAUUCCUAAGGUGCUGACAAGGAGAAUAUGUUGAUAAUAUAAAUUUGUUCUGUUGUCUCGCGACAAAGUCACUAGAUGUAGAUCGUGACUUUUCAACUGCGUACUGCAAGUCUUCUUCAGGCAAUGGGGUCAACUGAUUCUGGCACAGCAUGUAUUUAUUCACUCUUCUCAAUAUUUUUACAGUUUCAGUUACAAAUCUAUCGGUAUCUUUAUCUUGAAUGAAACAUGGCAUACAAAGAAAAUCCAACUUUUGGUCCAUUAAGUUAUCAAGUCUUUCAAGAAACAGGGCCUUGGUCCUGAAAUCAAACCAUUCUUCUCCCAGACCCACAGCUUAGUAGCUGACAAAUACUCUUUUUUCACUAGACAUCUUUUUUCAAGUUGUGUUGCUAAAUAUUAGUUUCAAUCUUUCUCAGGUGGAUAGGUUGACUGAAAGGAAAUUUUCUGAACUGAUAGAAGAUAUAUUCACUCUUGAUCAAGAAACCAUGGAGCUGAUCCAGAGAGACACCCAUGAAAUCUUCCACACAUUUUUAGAUCCUGAUGGCAAGGGAUUUCUCACACGUGAUGAUAUCAGAGCUCUCUCUCAAGAAACAUUGAAAACAAUUGUGCGGCACUGUGAGGAACCACAUGGUCCUGUUGCUGGAGCUCCUGGUGAUAGAGGAGCUGCUUACAAGUUAAAAAUACAGACAGAAGCUAAACAAGAUAAAUAUAAUGAACGAAGGAAGGAAGACAGAGAUGAGUUGUAAUAUUAAAGACAUUGAGUUACAUAUUCAAAACAUGUUAAAUAGUAUCAUAAUGAAUUGCUUAAAAAUAUUAUUUAAGGCAAUAAUAAAUUAAUGAAUGCACCACAAAUUUUGUUGGAUUUCUGGACAU